AUGAAGACUUUCACCUAAUCACUGCUUUAAAUUCUUACAUGAAAUCAGUUGUAUGGUGAAGCUCGCUCAGUACACAUUAUCGCUUAGCUCAGUUAUAAUCAUAUUGUAAUAAUUUCUUCUACGGCAAAAACAAAACCAAAUCAAGUAGCCCAUUCUUUUUUUAUUUAAAUUGGCAAAUUUCAAGUAUAAAUCACAAUGGCAAGUAAAAUAAAGGCAGGCCCGGUCGUUGAUAUUCUUGGCGAUGAGAUGACACGUAUCAUCUGGGAUUUGAUAAAAGAAAAAUUGAUUUUACCUUUUUUGGAUAUCGAAUUGCAUGUUUAUGAUUUGGGUAUGGAAAAUCGUGAUGCAACCAAUGAUCAAGUGACAAUCGAUUGUGCCGAAGCGGUGAAAAAAUAUAAUGUUGGCAUUAAAUGUGCGACCAUUACACCAGAUGAGGCUCGUGUUGAAGAAUUUAAAUUGAAAAAAAUGUGGAAAUCACCAAAUGGAACGAUCCGUAACAUUUUGGGUGGUACUGUAUUUCGUGAGGCUAUCAUUUGUAAAAAUAUUCCACGUUUAGUCACCGGCUGGACACAACCAAUUAUCAUUGGCCGUCAUGCACAUGCUGAUCAAUACAAAGCCACCGAUUUUGUUGUUCCUGGUGCUGGAACGUUGGAACUUCGUUUUGUGCCGAAAAAUGGCGGUGAAACCAUCAGCCAUAUUGUAAACGAAUUUAAAGGUGCAGGCGUUGCAUUGGGAAUGUUUAAUACGGAUGCUUCCAUUAUUGAUUUUGCUCAUGCAUCGUUUAAAUACGCAUUAAGCCGUAAAUAUCCGUUAUAUUUAAGCACAAAAAAUACCAUACUCAAAAAGUAUGAUGGACGAUUCAAGGAUAUUUUCCAAAAUAUCUACGAAACUGAGUAUAAGAGUAAAUAUGAGGCCGAUGGUAUUUGGUAUGAACAUCGUUUAAUCGAUGAUAUGGUCGCAUAUGCCAUGAAAUCAGAAGGUGGAUUUGUAUGGGCAUGUAAGAACUAUGAUGGUGACGUUCAGUCUGAUUCAGUUGCUCAAGGUUAUGGUUCACUUGGUUUGAUGACAUCGGUCUUGAUCUGUCCCGAUGGUAAAACAGUUGAAGCUGAAGCUGCUCAUGGAACAGUCACACGUCAUUAUCGUAUGCAUCAACAAGGCAAAGAGACAUCAACAAAUCCAAUUGCUUCGAUUUUUGCAUGGACAAAAGGUUUGGCACAUCGUGCUGAACUUGACAAUAAUGCUGAAUUGAAAAAAUUCGCCAUUACAUUGGAAAAGGUGUGUAUCGAUACAAUUGAAUCGGGUUUUCUAACCAAAGAUUUGGCCAUUUGCAUUAAAGGCAUGGCAAAUGUUCAAAAAGGUGACUAUUUAGAUACAUUUGCAUUCAUGGAUAAGUUGGCGGAAAAUUUGAAAGCAUCACUUUCGGCAUGAACUGAUUUUUUAUAUUCUAAAUUAUAAAUGGUUUUGCAAUGUAAUGGCAUUUAUUAUGUAUUUUCGAAUUUUAACAACUAAAAUGACCACAUUGUUUUUGUCAACAAAAUUAUUCUGGUGGAAGAAAUAAAACAAAAUAUACUAAUUUUUAAUAGAA